ACUAUGGCAGAAGGCUGAUCGGGUCCUGCACAAACUGGAUCUCACUGCUCAUUGCAGUAACUUUGUAGUGGCCCCAUGUAUUCCUCUGUGGUUCUGCUCCUGGGAUUACAAUUACUGCUCUUAACUCCAACAGCUGAUCAUGUGGAGAAAUGCACAGAGAAUCCAAUUAACUCAACGGCUACAAGAAUAUCUAUGACCACGAACCAUUAUAAAUUCUUUGUCGAGUGUGACUACCCCCCUGGAUCAUCUGUUCAAGCAAAAAAUGGAAAAAUAUAUAAUAAACACAAAAUCCAUGGUUACUUUGUGCACAAUUCUCUCAUCCUUAGUGGUGAGCAACGUCCAAAGAAUUGCAAGGUGGUUUGGAUUGCUCCAAGUGGGGAGAGGCACCUUAUAAAUUGCGUGUCGCACAGUAAUCCAGAAACAUUAUUAUCAGCAUCUGCAAACAACACUGAAGAAAACAUACAUUCUAACCUAAGUGGACUGGCGCCUGAAAGUGAUAAUAAAGGUGUAGUCUGGUUGACUGAAGGUGUAAUAAUUGCAAUUAUAUUAAUCACGUUUGGAUUGCUAACUCUCUAUGUGGAUGAAUUUAGAAGUCCUCAUAUGAAACAUCAUCGACAUCAUUCCUUUGACAUGAAACUGGGGGAAAACCAAGACACUCCAAUCACGAGGCCUGCAAGAAAACAUUUGUUGAGCUUUUCUCUGAGAGAAGAUAAGGUGACACAGAGUUUAAAAGCUAAACGACGCUAUUCCUUGGAUUCAGCUAUGCCGCAAAAAGUCCGCACACGACUUUCGACGGAGAAGUAUCCAUUGAUUCCUGAGGUUUCAAACAGAAAUAUAGAAGAGGAGGAGGAAAUGACUGGGACCAAUAAGGCUGAGUUCAAGAAUUUUGAUGUCAAGAAAACCAGGACAAAAGAAGAUUUGAAGAAACACCAUGUACUUCACUAGUUCUACAUAAUUACAGACACUACUUCCCAUUGCUAUAGUGGAAAACUGCGAUCUGGAUAAUUGGAUAAAGCCAUUAGGAGACUGUUACUUGGCAUGAUAAGUCA